ACUGUGGGCGUCUUACUCUAGUGAGGACCAUAGCAGUCUUAGCGUCAAAGAAACAACCAUGUUGCUGCUUUUACUGUCGCUCCUUCUGGUGUCGUCUCAGUCUCAUUCCUUCCCUACAGAACCCACCUUGCCUGAACAUCAGACAGAAACUCGGUUACACUUUGCAGCUUUGGACGAAGUUAGGCUUUUGGCAAACGGCCUCCUACAGCUGGGCCAUAGCCUGAGGGACUUUGUACAGAAUACCAAGAACCAGAUCAAUAAUAUUUUCCAAAAGCUCAAUAUCUUUGACAAAUCCUUCUACCAACUUUCUGUGCUGACCAGCGAAAUCAAGGAGGAGGAGGAAGAACUGAAGAAGACCACUGUGAUCUUAAAGGCAAAUAAUGAGGAAAUAAAGAGUCUGUCACUGGAGAUCAACUCCAAAGUGGAAGAUAUUAUAAAAGAGAGGAAUCAUCUGAGGAGGCAGGUGGGCGGCUUGGAGGAGAAGUUAAGUGGUCUGUCCAAGAGUUUGCUCUCAGCUGAGCAGCUUGCAGAAAUUUCCACACUCAAGGAGAUAAUCCACACCCAGGAAAAGAGCAUCACUGAUCUGCUAAAGGCUGUGAAUGAGCAAAGUGAGCAGCUCAACAACCAAAGGACCAAGAUCAAGGGCCUGGAAAAUAAACUCAGCAUCCAGGAAACUGCUGAAAACUUGCAGAAGAACCGCCAAACCAACAGCCUCUCAGGAUACCUUCCGUACUUCACAUCCGAUGGGAGCUUCUCAAGCGAUCUUCCAGAAGAUUGCGGUGAGGUCUUCAGCCGAGGACAGAAAUUCAGCGGCCUGUAUGCUAUUAAACCACACGAGUCAGAAACCUUUCUUGUGAAUUGUGAAUUCACCGAGGAGGGAGUGUUUACUGUCAUCCAGCGCAGACAUGACGGCUCUGUGGACUUUGACCAGUCCUGGGAGAAGUAUGAGGAUGGAUUUGGAAACUUCAGCAGUGAGUUCUGGCUGGGGCUGAAGAAGAUCUAUGCUGUUGCCCGUCAGGGACAUUCUCUCCUGCAUGUCCAGAUAGAGGACUGGAGGAAGGAGAAGCAUUUCAUGACUUAUCAGUAUAUCCUGAAGGAUGCUGCCUCCAACUACACCAUCCAUCUGAAGCUGCAGUCGGCUGAAUCCAGCUCUGCUGUGGAUGAACACAGUGGCUUCAGUUUCUCCACUAAAGACCACAACGAUGGAAACUAUGAUCCAAACUGUGCUCAAGAUUACACAGGUGGGUGGUGGUUUAGCAUUUGUGGCGACAUUAACCUGAAUGGCAAGUGUAUUCAGAGCAGACCUCGUAAAAAGGGAACCCACUGGAAACCUGGCAGGGGAACCACCAGCUUCAAGGCCUCAAAAAUCUCCAUUAGUCAUCUCACAAAGCCACAAACCCCUUAAUAUAAACAGUAUGUGCAGAAACACAUACUAUCAGGGACUAUCAGAGCUCCAAUACACAUUCAUGCUGUAUACUGGUUUUUACAAAGUAACCUUUUAAUAGAGAUGACAAUGUUUGUUGAGUAUGAACAUAUAAAUAAGUAUGUUGAAGUAAAAAAGUAAAAAUGUGACAUUUACAUUAUGAUUAGGCCACUGGACUCCAUAUGAUUCAGUUUCUCCACCAGUCAUCUUAAUUACAAUGCAUUGAGUCCAACCAUGUAGGAAACCUCUCAUUUAACCUUGUGAGAGCCAGUUUCAUCCAUGUGUUUAAAUGAGUCACAUUGACUUCAAGAUGUCAUAAGCACAGCUGUACAGCGAUCGGUCAUUUUCUAAAAAAUAAAUAAAUAAAAAAAAAAUAAAAAAAAAAUAAAUGUAUAUACUUUAUAUAAACAAAUGAUCGCCUUGAAGUGGUUCCGCCAAAACCGCACUUCCGUAUUCUUCCAAAAGCUUACGCUGUAUGUCCUACGCCUUCCCUAUUCUACUUACGGAAAAAACGGAACUGGUGCCACGUUCGUUCCGUAAGUUGAAUACGGAAGGUGUAGGAUAUUCAGCGUAAGCUUUUUGAAGAAUACGGAAGUGCGGUUUUGGCGGAACCACUUGAAGGCGAUCAUUUGUUUAUAUAAAAAAAUUUUAGAAAAUGACCGAUCGUUUCGCUAGAUAAGACCCUUAUUCCUCGUCUGGUAUGGUUUAAAGCCCUUUGAAGCUCCACUGAAACUAUAAUUUUUUACCUUCAACCGUUUGGAGACCAUUGAAGUCCACUAUAUGGAGAAAAAUCCUGGAAUGUUUUCCUCAAAAACCUUCAUUUCUUUUCGACUAAGAAAGAAAUACAUAAAUAUCUUGGAUGACAUGGGGGUGAGUAAAUUAUCAUGAAAUUUUAAUUGGAAAAUGAACUAAUCCUUUAAAUUCAAAAUUACAUUUCAGUUAAAGUA